AUGGAGGCUGUUUAUCUCCACGUUGGCCAAUCGCUGCCAAAGGCAGCGGCCUUCUGGUCUGAGGUUGUGGCGGCUUAUUCACCCCAGUGGAUCGAGUUCGUGGGGACACUGCUUGUCCAGGUCCUUUCGUUCUGGCUGCCAUCUAUCUUCUAUCUAUUCCUGGAUGCCAUUGCGCCCUCAUUCUCGCAACGACACAAGAUCCAACCGGCUCCCAAACAACCCACCCAACGCGACAUCGCGCGCUGCUUCCUGGUCGUGACCCAGAACCAGAUCUUGUCCUCGGCACUGCACCUAUCACUUCUUUUCAUAACCAGUCGCGCCGGGUCAUCAUCUUCAUACCGCGUCGAGAAAGCCCUACCGCCGGCCACGGAGGUUGUUCGCGACUUCCUCAUCAGUAUUCUGAUCCGCGAAACACUGUUCUACUACAGCCAUCGCUUGCUGCACGUACCGUAUUUCUACCGCCGCAUCCACAAGAAACACCACAAAUUCACCGCACCGAUCGCCCUCGCUGCGCAAUUCGCCCACCCCCUGGAGCAGAUAUUUGCCAAUGCACUCCCUAUAUCACUGCCGCCGCAGCUUCUGCGGAGCCAUGUGCUGACGUUCUGGCUCUUCUUGGCUUGGGAGCUGUUCAAUACUGCCACCGUGCAUAGUGGGUAUGACUUUUUCCAUAACAAGGCGAAGAUGCAUGACCUGCACCAUGAGAAGUUCAAUUUGAAUUAUGGAUCAAUUGGUUUGCUGGACUGGGUACAUGGAACCGAUAAGCUGGGGAAGCGGCAUUCCGAGUGA